AUUUAUUUUCGACCUUUCACAAUAUAAAGAUUAUAAUUUGAAUUAACAAAAAUAUAUAUAUAUUUAAAUAUUCACUGUUUUUAUUCGAACUGACAGGGUAUCAAACAUUUAAAAAAAAAUAUUUGAAUUAUUUAUUUAAGAAAGUAAUUAUGAAUUUACAAUUAUAACCUUUGAUAUAAAUAUAAGAUAUGUUUAUUAUUUAAAAAGUGUUUUUAAUUUAUUUAUAAUUAUAAUUGUUAAUAAUAAUAAUAACAAUCAAUGGUCAACCGAAUUCCAGUGCCACAGGCAAAAUACGAAUUACUUACAACUGUACGGCAAACCAAUUGGAAAUCGCCAGUAGUGUGUCUAACUUUCGUGUUUAUAAUAGUCGGUACUCUAUUCGCGAUAAGAGUUUGUUCCGACAUAUUAACGCCGCGUAAUUUAGAAACCGGUCCAUUACUAGAAGUUAUAAUAACAACGGAAGAUGCCACGAUUGCUUCGUGGACACGCAGGGCUAGGAUGUACGCCGAAUCGUCGAAGGAAAACCAAAAUGCAGACCGCAACACCACAAUUGUCACAUCAUCAUCAUCCUUUGGAAGCUCUUCAAGUAGCAAGAUACUGGUCUGCUACUACACCCUACCGAGAACCAUGAACACGACGAAGGAGCUCAGUCCAGCUCUCAUUGACCCUAAUAUUUGCACGCAUAUUAUCGUGGGUUUUGCGUCUGUGGUGAACUCUACCCUCAGUUUGGGCGCCAAUACAAAAAUUUAUUACGAAAUAUCUUCGUUAAAAAAGCUCCAGCCCAAACUGAAGGUCAUGAUUUCCGCUGGCGGAAUAAACGAGCUAACCCAAGGCUUUCCUGAGAUGGUCAAAACUCAUGCUAACCGUAAAAAAUUUAUAAGGUCUGUCUUAAACAUAACCAAAGCCCUCAAUCUAGAUGGACUGGAUGUAGAUUGGGAAUUCCCAGCUUGGUUAGGCAACAAUGAGCGACAAAAAAUAUGGUUCGUUCAACUCCUCCAAGAGCUUCGCAAAGAAUUCGAUCGAUCUGGCAGAACAUUAAUUUUAUCAGCAGCAGUUGCUGCGCCCCCUGCCAUUGUCGACGAAAGUUACUUCGUCCCCAACAUUGCUGAGCACGUUGACUUUGUCAACCUGAUGGCUUACGAUUAUCAUUAUUAUGUAUGGUAUUUACCCAUAACUGGAUUGAAUGCCCCGCUCUAUCCCAGAUCAUCAGAAAUGGGCUACUCUGCAACGCUGAACGUUAAUUAUUCAGCUCACUACUGGAUUUCCAAAGGAAUGCCACGUGAUAAAAUAGUUAUCGGGAUUCCCACUUAUGGGCACUCGUAUCAGCUGGACAAUACAGAGAACCAUGGAAUUAUGGCGCCCGCUAGAGGGUUCGGGAGACUCGGGGUCGAUGGUUUCGUGUUUUAUCCAAUGAUUUGUUGGUUACUUGGCGUCGGGGGUAAUAAAGUUUAUGAUGAGGAAAGUCAAGCAGCUUAUGUUUAUAGAUAUGAUGAAUGGAUUUCUUAUGAAGAUGAAGCUAGCGUCGCAGCAAAGGUCGAAUGGAUAAAGGCCAAUGAUUUCCGAGGUGCCAUGAUUUUUUCACUAAAUACCGACGAUUGGAGCGGAUCAUGUACAAGCAAUGAUGGUAAUACUAAUGAAACAUUCCCGCUAACACGUAUACUUGCUAAUAGUUUAUUCAGUACACAGAAUAGGUUAACCUCUCCGGGGUUAUAAUGCCAAAGUUAUUUAUUAAGGGCGUCCGUAGACAGUACCCAGAACAUUUUAAAGAUGUCCCCUGACUCUAAUUAGAAAAAGUUCCGAAUUGGAUAUUCCUGGUGGAUGCGAAUGAUCGUAAAUUACCGUAAUUUACUACAGCUCUCUCGAAUUCCGUAAAUUAUGGUAAUUACCGUAAUUCUGAUCCGUCAGAAAUUUUCGAUACAAUCUGAUUAAAACCAAUUACUACCGAAAAAACGUAUUAUUUUCGAUUGAAUCUGAUAGAAAAAUUAUUAUCGAAUUCAAUUGGAAAAUAAUCGAAAAUAAAACUGUUGCUAAUAUUUUAUUUUUUCCGGUUGAAAUCUAAUCGGUCAAUUGGAAAGCUCUCACGAUCAUUCCGAUUGACCGAUUGAACUUCAAUAGAAUUCAAUCAGAGUUUUUAAUCAAGGUUAUCAUAACCUUGGUAAAAUUUUAUUAAUUAAUUAAAAGAAAAAAUUGAAGCAUUAGUUGGAAACAGAAAAAUGUAAUUAUAAUUUCCCAGGUUAUAGAUUUUACAAAAAAUUACUUUCAGUUUUAAAUCACCUGUGUAUAGUCGUCCCGAUGAAAGCUUGGGAUUUUUCCCCCAUUAGUUCUUUCCACCACUACCAUAAUAAUAGAAUGUGCGAAUAUGCAAAGCCACAAAAACCAACAUUUGAAGGGUGGGGGAAGAAAUCAUGCCGGAAAAAAAAUCCUAAGCUUCUAUCGGGAUGAUCAUAUCGAAAUUUGUUAAAUAAAUUUUAACCUACAAAAUUUGAAAUUUUCGAUUGCGAUCUGAACAUACAGAUUUCACUAGAAUUUAUUCAACAAAUCUUAUUAAAAGUAAUUUUAAAUAACUAAGUAUUUUUUUUUUUCAAAUCUAUAUCUGGGUGAAAUUAUAAUCAUGUUGUUUGUUUUGUAACUAACAGUUUUCUCAGAGAGUAAGUCGCCGUCGGGAACCGUCGGAAAUUUUCGGUUUGUAAUGAUAAUACGUAGUAAUGGCGUGAAAUCCAAUUCGUUUUUAUGGGUAAGGGUGAAAACUGAUGAAGACUUACUGUCUGAGAAGACUUUACUUUAAUGUUUUUUUUUAAUUAAUUAAUGAAGUUUAAAUGAGGUUAUAACAGCUUGGUUAUGAGAGAAAUGUAAGUAGUAGGGAUGGGGGUAUUGUCUAAGAAUACCUUCAAAUAAUAUUACGCAAAUUCCAUAUUAAUAUUUACUAUUUAAUAGUAUUUGUUUAUGUUAAUCUUGCUCAAUGUAGUAAAGAAUACUUGGAUUAAUAAUAAAAAUAAAUAAUAAUAAUAAUUGUAAUGAUAAAGUGGAAAAGCAGAAUUAAAGAUUUACAUUUUAAUAUAUUAAUUCAUUAACAAACAAUUGAAUAAUUGCGCACAUAUUGCACUAAUUUGUUGAUUCAAAUAGACAAUUAAUUAAGAAUUUGAGAUAUUUAUAAAGUUUUAAAUGCAGUUUAAAAAAUAUAUUAUACUAAAUGAACAAAUAUAUAACUUAGUGAUUAAUAGAAAAAUAGUGAUUAACAUCAUGCAAUAUAAAGCGAUUACAGAGGCUAUUAUUUAUAUCAAAUAACUAAAUCAAUGGGUUGUACUUUAAAUCAAAUUAAUUACUUAAUUAUUAUAAAUUAUAAAAAGUUGUUGAAUUAAUUUUAAGUACUUGUAUAAAUUUAUAAUUCAAAAGAUAAUAUUUUUUUUUAC